AUGCUCCAUAAGCCAUUGGAUAGCAAAAGGGAUGAGAUUCGUCUUGUUACGAUCCUGCCAGGAGAAUGUGACGACGAAAUCAGCUGCACAAUAUCACAUGUAUCUCUUCUCGACUCUCCUCAGUAUAUGGCUUUAUCCUAUUGCUGGGGAGAUGCCAGAAAGACGGAGGAUAUCUACUUGAACAACCAAGUCUUUCCAGCUACAGCGAAUCUGAAGGCGGCUCUUCUACGACUUCGAAAUUCAGAAUUUGCUACUUGGUGGAUUGAUGCUAUUUGUAUCGAUCAGAAGAAUUUAGAGGAAAAGAGGGAACAAUUACCACUCAUUGGCUCUAUCUACCGAAAGGCGAUAGCUACCGUUGCCUGGCUUGGCGAAGAGAGUCGUGUAUCCCACCUAGCCUUCUCUCUCAUUGAAAGACUGUGGCAAGAAGAAAGGCAACUCUCUGUUGAAAAGGAAGCGACAAGAGAGACGAAUGACGGUGUUUUUAGAUCUCGAAACCCGCCACUGGUGCCCGUAGGAGAAAGGGAUGCUGUAGCUGCGCUGUUAGAAUUGCUACUCCGUCCUUACUGGAAACGAGUUUGAAUCAUCCAGGAAUUAGCUUCAAGCCACGCAGUUAAGAUCCUGUGCGGAGGCCAUAGGACUGAUUGGUCGGCUCUCACGGUCGCUCUCCAAAGGCUAAAGAAUUCAUAUUCCGUGAGGGUGACACGACAUAAUGCAUUUUCUCACGUCCUUAAUAUCCAGAGGUUUAGACGAGAUGCUACCAGCAACAGACCGCUUCAUUUCGUGGAUGCGAUCGCUCGAAGUCAAGCAUCACUUGCUACGGAAGCUCAUGAUAGAUUGUUUGCACUAAUCAACUUGUGUUACAAUGGAAAGGAGUUCAUUCCAGUGCCAGAUUACAAUCAAGAGAUUGAAGAGCUUUGCUGUGAAAUCACUAUGGCUGCUAUCACCUCCUUCAAAUCACUGGAUGUCAUUGUCUUUCUUGGGAGCUCGACAAUUAGCUACCGUGGACCAGCUUGGCAGCCACAAUGGCUCUAUUCUACUCCUCGGUGGGCGACUCUGCCCGAUAAGAGAAGGCUUGAUUAUCUUUUGGGGAAAAGAAAGCUUUGGGAAUCGUGCACCACAAAGUCUCCAGCUUCAUCGUACAGUGUUACAAAACGCUGGAAUGCAUCUCAAGAUUCACGACCAAGCCUUCAGCUCUCUGGGAGUGUAUUAAGUGUCAAAGGUUUUAUUGUUGAUUCCAUAUUCCAGCUGACUUCUUCUCUUGACGGUCGUCCUGGUGGAUGUUCCGCUGAAUUUAGUCGACACAAUGAAACUAAACUGAGACCAUAUCAAGCAAGAAAUGCGACGCCCUCAAGCAACAGGGAGAUCACCGAUCGUAUCUUCAAACUCUUCUUCGACAUGGGAGCCUCA